UGUUGAUUCAAAACUACCAACUCUUCUAUACACUCCUGUAUGCCUUCCACACCUUCCAUGGCACCAACACUGAAUAAUGCUUCAAAUUCUUCCUAUAUGCUACUUCGAGUGUUGUUCUUUCGUUUGGUCCUUGGUCUUCAAGUUGAGUCUUCCCUUUCCAUGGAGAUAAUUGCCUUUUGGUUGUGGCUCCAACAAGGGAAUGGCCAAGUUGGUUACCUUCAGUACAUAUACUCUCUUGGUGACAACCAUUUUCGCGCAAUUGUUUCUUCUGCAAAACGUUUUCUGGAAGUUCUCCAUUUUGCGUUCGGUGGUUCAGAGGCCAGAUCUAUACCGAGAAGUGACUUUCAGAACCAAGCUAUUGAAGGAAUUUCUCUCUACCUCAAUACUAUCUGUUAUGAGGCCUUAGAAGAUCUUCGAGAAAGGAUAGAGAUGAAUUUUGUCCGUAAUCAGAUGACAUACCUGCGCCAAGAAGCCUAUGGACAGUCCAGGACUGAUCGGGUUCCUACUGCAAGCUCGAUGAAAGAUCUAUACCAAGAGGCCUAUGGAGAAUCAUCGCAUGAACAGAUUCCUAAUAUCUCAAUGACAGAUCUAUACCAAGAGGCCUGUGGAGAAUCAUCGCAUGAACAGAUUCCUAAUAUCUCAGUAAGACCAGUGUUCAUAUUUAGUUAUCCAAGACCAUAUCUGCUACUAGUACAAGAUCAGAUCUGUUACUAG